GAAAGAUGUCUUACCACUGCCCUGAAUGUCACAAGACUUUGGCCACUGGACACCAGCACACCCCCAUCUCAGACAAGGAGGGGAGCAUCUGCAAGUUCAAGCUGAAGUCCGCAAAAGUGGUGCUGAACGACUGCCUGGCAACUGGACAGCGAGGAAGAAUAUCAUACCACCGUCCUCAAUGUGGCAAGACUUUGUCUGGAGAAGGACUCAAGCACACCCCCACCUCAGACGAGGAGGGGAGCGGGGGGUUCAAGUUGAAGUCCGUAAAAGAGGUUCUAAAGGACUGCCUGGCAACUGGAGAACAACGAGGAAAGAAGAGGUUCUUCUGCUGCGAGUGUGGCGGCACUUUCUCUGAGUGUGGCGGUCUCAAAAAACACCAACUCACCCACACAGGAGAGAAGCCAAAUCACUGUGCUCAGUGUGGUGCGAGCUUCGCACAAAAGGGAGCUCUCAGGCGUCAUGAGCGCAUUCACACAGGAGAGAAGCCUCACAAGUGCACGCAGUGUGGGAAAGAGUUUGCCCGUGCAAGCAAUCUCAAAGUCCACGAGCGAACUCACACAGGAGGGAAGCUGGAGCGCUCCUAUAGCGAAGUGACAGCGUCUCAGGGGUCCAGUCUCCAAUUAAGAGCAGCCAAUAAGAUUACCGACCGAUUUCCCCACGGAAUGGCAAAGAAAAGAGGCGCCGCGCGGGAGGCAGAAGCCACACCGUUAGUUGAAGACGAACCGAAGCCUACGGAAACUUUGACAGUUAAAGGGUCUUCAUAUGAAGGGGUGGGAUCGGCUCGUGUGUCGCUCCUCAUCCUCGUCGGCAUCUUCGCCUGCUCUGCGUCCGUCAUGUACCUGGUCUACAGGAAUUUUCCAGAACUCAGCAUAGACGAGAAGGAGAAGAUGAAGAUUCCCAGGGACAUGGAGGAUGCUAAGGCCCUGGGGACCGUGCUGUCCAAGUACAAAGACACCUACUACUCGCAGGUCCUGCUGGCCUACUUCACCACGUACCUGUUCCUCCAGACCUUCGCCAUCCCCGGAUCCAUCUUCCUCAGCAUCCUCUCUGGGUACCUGUACCCGUUCCCCCUGGCACUGUUCCUCGUCUGCCUGUGCUCUGGUCUGGGUGCGUCCUUCUGCUACCUGUUAUCUUACCUGGUGGGGCGGCCUGUGGUGCACAGGUACCUGACGGAGCGAGUCCAGAACUGGUCUCAGCAGGUGGACAACCACAGAGAGCACCUGAUCAACUACAUCAUCUUCCUGCGCAUCACGCCGUUCCUGCCCAACUGGUUCAUCAACAUCACCUCGCCCGUCAUCAACGUGCCCCUCGGAGUCUUCUUCCUCGGCACGUUUCUGGGCGUGGCUCCUCCGUCGUUCGUGGCGAUAAAGGCGGGCACGACGCUGUACGCGCUGACCACGGCGGGUGAGGCGGUGAGCUGGGGCUCGUUGGGCAUCCUGGCGGUGCUGGCGCUGCUCUCUCUGCUGCCCGUCAUCUUCCAGCGACGCCUCAAGGACAAGAUGCAGUAGCCCCGCCCACACUGGCCCACACUCACUCACACCAGCGCAGGAUUGGGGCAGGCCGCUGUCACUCACACGCACUCAUCUCUAGCCCGUCCCCUCUACUGUUGGUCUGCUCGUCCUCCUGAUAACUACUGGCCUCUGAUCUGGUCAUCAACUGGCCUCUGAUCUGGUCAUCAACUGGCCAUCUGAUCCCUCACGACUGGUCAUCUCACCUCCAGCCCCCCAGUAGGAUGUGCCAUAGCAGGAGCCCUCACCUGUUCUCCAAUCCGCUCCCCCAGACCAGUGCUGACCAGACCAGAGCCCGUAGACCAGACCAGACUCCCCUGAAUACACUCCACUGCUUUGACCUCUGUGACCUUCAGCUUCUCUCCAUCACCUGCUCCUGCACUGAGCUGGCGUGUUCCCAUUGGCCCUCAGCUGCUCCAGUUAUGAGCUGGCGUGUUCCCAUUGGCCCUCAGCUGCUCCAGUUAUGAGCUGGCGUGUUCCCAUUGGCCCUCAGCUGCUCCUGCACUGAGCUGGCGUGUUCCCAUUGGCCCUCAGCUGGUCCAGUUAUGAGCUGGCGUGUUCCCAUUGGCCCUCAGCUGGUCCAGUUAUGAGCUGGCGUGUUCCUAUUGGCCCUCAGCUGGUCCUGCACUGAGCUGGCGUGUUCCCAUUGGCCCUGCUGGUGACUGAUGUGUCCUGGGCAGGCCUGUUCUGUGGACACUGAUGUUGUGUGUGCUGCUAUGUUCCUUCUGUCUUCAUGAGUGUGGAGUUUUUAAUGCUUCCAAUUUUAGUUGAUUGACUUGGGCCUUAAAGUUUAAUGUUUAGCACAAGGUUUUAGUGGAACUGAGGGCUUUCUGCAGGCCACACACACACUCUUCUACUGUCCUGGAGAGUGACCUCAGAGGGGUUUUAAUGUGAAAUAUGUCUUAAUGUGUCUGUCUGUGUCUGUGUGCGUGCGUGCGUGCGAGCGUGUGUGCGUGUCUGUGUGUGUGCGUGUCUGUGUGUGUCUGUGUCUGUGUGCGUGUGCCUGUGCCUGUGCCUGUGCGUGUGCGUGUGUGUGUGCGUGUGUGUGUGUGAGCACGCCAUCUUCAUCUCUCAUCCCAUCUCUCCACUGGCAUGUAGAGAAGUCUUACUGGAGCAUUGUCACACACACACACACACACACACACACACACACACACACACAGUCUCUUUCCCUGUGGUCUCCUCAGGCCCCACACCAGAGCCCAUCAUGCCCUUCAUCAGGUGUGGAGCCCCCUGCUGGCAGUCCUGCAGUAUUACAACCACAUAGUGCAGUAGGCUUUAUAUUUCCUUUUUGCAAUGUUCUCUGAUGUCAUUAAAACUGGUUUAUUACUAAAAUAUUUAUUAUGACAUAAUUAAAUCCUCUGUUGAACGGUCA